AUGGUUGAUCCAAAGGGUAGUUCGACGUGGUUAAAAUGUAUAAAUGUCAGUGACAUAUGGCAGGAUCAUGGGGUAUAUGGAGCCCUGGCAGCUAUAGCCAUAAGCAUCCUUGUUCCUGUUUUGUUUUCAGCUUUGUUCUUUGGAAAUAAAAAAAGAAAAAUAAGAGGUGUGCCUGUAGACGUUAGUGGUGAGGCAGGUUAUGCAAUACGUAAUGCUAGAAAGACUGAGUUGGUUGAAGUUCCUUGGCAAGGAGCUCCAACCAUGGCUCAUCUGUUUGAGCAAUCAUGUGAUAAAUAUACCCGGAAUCGAUUUCUUGGAACCAGAAAACUAAUACAAAGAGAGUUUGUUACAUCUAGUGAUGGCAGGAAGUUUGAGAAACUUCAUUUAGGAGACUAUGAAUGGGAAACCUAUGGAGAAGUAUUUACUCGUGUGUCCAAUUUUGCAUCUGGUCUUCUUAAGUUAGGUCAUUCUAUAGAUAGCCGUGUUGCCAUUUUCUCUGAUACAAGGUCUGAGUGGCUCAUUGCUCUUCAGGGUUGCUUCAGGCAGAAUGUAACAGUUGUUACUAUUUAUGCUUCUCUAGGAGAGGAUGCCCUGAUCCAUUCACUAAAUGAGACUGAAGUGUCUACUCUGAUCUGUGACUCCAAGCAGUUGAGGAAGUUGGAUGCAAUAAGAUCAAGAAUAACAUCUUUACAAAAUGUUAUUUACUUUGAAGAUGAUGAUAAAGAAGAUGCUUUCUCAGGAAGUUCAAGUGGUUGGACAAUUGCAUCUUUUAGUGAAGUUGAGAAACUUGGGAAAGAAAGUCCGGUUGAGCCAACCCUACCUUCCAAGAAUGGUAUUGCAGUUAUCAUGUACACAAGUGGCAGUACAGGUCUGCCAAAGGGUGUUAUGAUUACUCAUGGGAACAUUGUAGCUACUACAGCAGCUGUUAUGCCAGUGAUUCCAAAUCUUGGUAGCAAGGAUGUGUACCUGGCAUACCUGCCACUUGCCCAUGUUUUUGAAAUGGCAGCAGAGUCAGUAAUGCUGGCUGCAGGUUGUGCAAUUGGUUACGGCUCUCCUCUGACUAUGACUGACACUUCUAAUAAAAUCAAGAAAGGAACUAAGGGAGAUGCCACUGUAUUGAAGCCCACACUAUUGACAGCAGUACCAGCUAUUCUUGAUCGUAUUCGAGAUGGAGUUGUAAAAAAGCUCUGCUUCUCCCUCUGCAUCUUUAUGUCUCUCUGUUCUCUGCAUCAGAGUGUUUUGGGCUCUGCUUCUGUGUACCUACCUGAUUUUCUCCUCCAUGUUGCAUGA